AAAUAGUUCAUACGAAGCUUAAGUUUUAUCUAUUCCGAUUGAAUGGGAUUGUUGAACUAUUUCCCCAUUUGUGGAAUGACUUUCAAGUUGGCGGGCAUUAAUUAGGGCGUCAAGUGGCGCACGACUGGAGCACUUCCAAUGAUUAUAAGUUGCACGCGCUUUCCUCAGACAGUAUCAUUCGUAGGUUUGAGUUGCAGGAAUAAGCAUUCAGAUUUCAGAUUUGUAACAAGUGUUCAAAAAUGGGUCCCAAACGUUUAGUGAUAGUUUGCUCUGUAUUACUGUGGACAGUAAUUGAAGCCAACGGAGCCUCGCUAGAUAGACAAAACACCAGGUCAACCAAAAUCGUUGGCGGAGAAGAGGCAAAGGAAGGAUCUACACCGUACCAAAUUUCGCUGCAGUCGUCGUUUGGACACAACUGUGGUGGAGCAAUCAUUGCUGAGCGUUGGGUUCUAACUGCCGCACAUUGCAUUGUUGGUCGUAAGCCAUCGGAGGUAAAAAUACUUGUGGGUACAAAUGACCUCAAGAAUGGUGGUGAAGUACUUGAUGUUGACUUCCUGGUUCAUCAUAGUCGUUACAAUACACCUUCCUAUCACAACGACAUCGCCCUAGUUCGGCUAGCAUCCAAGUUGAAGUUCAGCGAUCGUGUCAAGCCAAUUGAGUACUCGGAAAAAUAUGUUCCGGACAAUGCUACCAUCACCCUGACUGGUUGGGGACGGCUUUCAGCUGGUGGAACGGCUCCCAACAAGCUGCAAACCAUCAAUCUGCUCAACGUGGAUCACGAUCGCUGCAAAGAACUGCAUGGUGGUGACGAAAGUGUUGACAUUGGACAUCUGUGCACUUUCACCAAGGCUGGAGAGGGUGCUUGCAACGGUGACUCGGGUGGCCCGCUGACAUGGGAAGGAAAGCUAGUGGCGCUGGUAAACUGGGGUAUUCCUUGUGGACGAGGUUAUCCUGAUGCUCAUGCCAGAAUUUCCUACUACCAUGAUUGGAUUCGAACAAAUGUGGCGAGUAAUAGUAACUGAGUUUGAAGUGUGAUCUGUGAUAAGGAUAAGAAACAAUGUUUGAACAAUAAAUACUA